AUGCCCCUGAUGGAGGCCGAGGAACAGGAGGAGGAUGCCAACUCCCUCUCAAAGGAUGAAUCGGAGACUAACUCUCGUAACUACCUCCGCUAUGUACCCCUUGGGAUAGCUUUUCUUUUGCUGGCUGGAGCUGCUGCAGCAACCUGGUAUUUCCUAGACUACAGACCGUGGCACCUGGAACCAGCCGUCCUGCAGUUCUACUCUGGCAGCCUCCAGGUCCUCAAUCGCCAGUACUCCCCAGACCUUGGGCAGGUGGAGUCGAGAGCCUUCUGGUUGGAGUCAGCUAAGCUCCAGAAGAUGCUGAAGGAACUGAUUCGUGCCACAGAGCUGGGUCGAUAUUACAACUCGAGCACAGUGUAUGCCUUUGGGGAGGGGGCUCUGACCUUCUUCUUCUGGUUUGCCCUCCAAAUCCCUGAGAGUCAGCAGAAGGAGGUGACUGCUGAGAGGGUAAACACCACGCUCCACCAAGAGCUCUCCGCCAGCUUCAACAGCUCGGGCAGCCUGUCCUACCAGACGGAGUACAGGGUCAACCCAGACUCGCUGGUGCUGCUGGAAUCCAGUGUGAAAGACAUAGUAGUGCUGAAAUCCACUCUGGGUUGCUACAGGUACAGCUAUGUCCAGGAGGAUGACGUCCUAAGGCUGGAGGGCCCUGACUACCUGGCCUCCAGUUGCCUUUGGCACCUUCACAGCCUGAAUGGCUACAUGAUCAAGCUACGCCUGGAGUGGACUCUCCCAGACUGCAGGGACCGCCUGGCUAUGUAUGAUGCAGCCGGGCCCCUGGAGAAACACCUCAUCACCUCGAUCUACGGCUGCAGCCGUCAGGAGGCGGUUGUCGAAGUCCUUUCAUCUGGCCCUGUCAUGUCCGUUGUGUGGAAGAAAGCCAUGUACAGCUACUAUGACCCCUUCAUCCUCUCAGCGCAGGCGGUGCCCCUCAAAGCCUGCAAAGUGAAUAUAACUCUGCGGGAGGGCCUGGAGCUGCAGGGGAAGAUCAGCACCCCACACUACCCCAGUUACUACUCGCCCAACACCCAGUGCACCUGGCACAUGACGGUCCCAUCCCUUGACUACGGGGUCACCCUCUGGUUCGACGCCUAUGCGCUCAGCAGACAGAAGCACGACCUGCCCUGCACCCAAGGACAGUGGAUCAUUCAGAACAGAAGGUUGUGUGGCCUGCGGACACUGCAAGCCUACGCUGAGCGGAUCCCAGUCACGUCCUCUGCUGACAUCACCAUCACCUUCACCUCACAGAUCUCCUUAACUGGCCCCGGCGUACAGGCAGCUUACAGCCUGUACAACCAAUCUGACUCCUGCCCUGGGGAGUUCCUGUGUUUGGUGAACGGCCUGUGCGUUCCAGCCUGUGAUGGGAUCAAAGAUUGCCCCAAUGGAUUGGAUGAGAGAAAUUGUG